AUGGGUGAGAUGAGGAGUAGUCAGAGGGCUCUGCCCCAUGGUGUCACAAUUCAUCAGCACACAGAUCACACUGUUGAUACAGAUUUAUCUUCAUGGAAAAGUUUGCCCCAGUCCAAAGCUGCUCUGCGACGAAUAGAAAAUCAUGUGGAGGCCGUUCCUGGAACAACAGCACUCCUCCUCUCGGUCAUGGACCCACCCAGGAAGAAGCAAUCUGGGUCGGGCUGCAGCAGAGAUGAGACGAAAGGGUCGUCGAAGUCAAGCGACCACUGUCGGUCGAGUCCUAAAAACAGACGCUCGCGCAGCCCGCUAAGAAAUGCCACGCAAGACAGCAAUGUCGGCCAGCACAACAGUAUGGCACUCAGGGAACAGCUGGUUUCGUACAGAGAGACCGCCCCUCCAUCACAACCCUCAUCUCAGCUGGAGGCUUACAGACCACAGUCAUUAUCAGGGCCUUUGUCCUCUUCCUCAGACGCUCUAUUUAGCAAGCCUGUCUCCCAGAAAGACAUUUGGGAUGAGCGCAAAGACAGGCACAUGGACGUCCAACACUCUGGAGACUGUACGGAAGUCUUCUACCUCAAUGACCCGCCCACUGUGGACACCCCGCGGACUUAUGACAACCCUGCUGAUGCUACUUGUUCAGUCCCAGCUAUGGAGAACAGCAGUCCAGAGGCACAAAUCGCCCAGAGCGCGGAUAUUCAAAUGCCCAGUCCGUUUCUACCUCCUGCCUCUGACAUGAUAUGUAGAUGGGAAAGCAGUACUUCCACCAGUCCAGGCUCAGAUUCUCAGCGUUUGGAAAACCUGAGGCGACAUCAACCGGAUGAUAAACUGGAAAAGCUCAAAGAGCGUAUUCGACGGCAAGUUAAAUAUCAGGAGCACACUGCAGAGAAGGAAAAAGUGUUGCGCCGUCUCGAGCAGCCCAUAAUGACGACACGGAGCAACAAUAGCGGCACUGCAGCCAAAAUACGGAAGGUAGCGGCUGCACCACCAGCACCUACUUACAAAGGCUUCUCCAAACUUGAGACAAGGAGCCGUACUCGUGGGAACGCACUUAAAGAGGAGGCUCCUCACAGCCCGUCUAAGCAAUUUACUGAAAGAGCAGCACCGAAGCAGCAACGGGAAAGGCAUCAUCCGGUAGAGAGAGAAACGAAACCAACUCGGAAAAUCCACAGAGCCGUCGCUGGCCAAAAUUCAAAAACAUUGAUUACACCUGCUUCCUGGCGGGAUGGUUUGAAGCUGGUAAACAAGGUACUUGGCACCGCUCCAAAACAACCCAGAGAGAAGAGGAACCAUAUUAAUGACAAAGUGCAACAAACAGCUUACCAUCGACGUUCUAAUGUUGACAAAACCUUUGAAGCAAACAAUCACCCUAGAAGCACUGACAGGACUUUCAGUGGAUUUAAGGGUCGAUCUCAAAUCCACUCCACAUCCACUCUUAGCUCGCCGCCUGCUGUCCAUGACAACUGCCCAUUGCCUUUAGGGAAAGACUUGACAGCAGAGAUCCGGGCCAUAUUUGAAGGCCCGCAGUUUGAGUGCAAAGCAGGUGAGGAGGAGCACAGAUCUCGACCUAGAUCCGGGAGGGGUAAGGACGGUCAGAGGGGGAAUGCGAGGUCAUUAUCUCAAACAAGAAGUCCCCACUCCUUCUCUGGAACUACAGCGCAAACAUACGGCCCCUCCAGAGGCUGUCGUGGUGCAAACCCCUCCCUAAAUCGACAGGAGUCCACAAAUGUGCCUGAAACCUAUGAGAAAAAGCGUCAUUAUGAUUCGGAUAAAAUCCGACAGUACAUGAUUAAGCAGAAAGAAGAGCGGAAAAAACGACUGGCAGAAGAGAAGAAGUCCUUAAAAGAGGAGUCGCAAAAAAAGAACCAGAGGCUUCAGGAGCUCUACAGAAGGCAAAAGGAAAUGGCUAAAACUGUAGUCACUCCCAUGGAAGCAACUGCAACCCAUUGGCAGACACGAUAUAGAGAUGAUACUUACAACCUUCUUACAAUGGACGAGAGCCAAUUUGGAGUACAGAUGCAUUCUGCUACAUCACGUCAAAUGAGAUCAAUGUACCAACCCUCAGGGGAGUCUGAUAAAGAGAAUAAGAAACUUGAACUACCACAGAGUCCCUCAAGCAGUGACAGGUCUUUGACUACUGAUCAGCUCCCUCCUCAAUUAACAAGGGGUGAUUUGGAUGUAGAAGUUGCUUCAAGUCUUAUUCCAGGCCUCAGCCCAAAUGUUCACUCCUAUCCUGCCUCCUGCACCAGUGCACUUGGAUGUACAAGUUAUGACCCUUGCUCUUCGAGACCAGAGGACCUAGCGGCAGCUGGUGACGUCAAGCCCACACACGCAGAAACCCCCACCUGGACUCAGUCAAGGAGAUCCCGCAUCGACGCCCUGAAGGCCACAGCCAUCUCGCUCUCCAACCGCAUAGAGAAUGAAGGCCGGCAGAUUGCCCGAGUUGGAAUAAACUUUGGAGAGGUGACGUCUUUAGACACGGAUAUUUUGGCCUGUAGACGGUCUCGGGUUGAGCUCGACGAAAGAGGACGCGGCGCAGUUGAUGAUGCUGACUUGACAUCGAAGAUUCAGAAGUUAAUAACAAGCACAAGUCUUAGUCCGUGCAAUAGUGCCUCACUUCCGGGAGCUGGAAAUUUGCACGCCUUCAUAGGACAACAGCAACAAAUUACUGCUGAUCGAAACGAACACUUUCCUAGCAGCUGUGGACUAGAAAGGAAACUAGUUAACUGUGUACAGAGAACAGAUGACGUGCCUGCUCGAACAGCUGAGGACAAUAGAGAGAAUAGGACAGAUCAACAUGAUUCAAGUGGAGGGUCUAUCAGUGAAGGUACUAUCCUGAGUGAGGGGAGCUUCAGUCAAGAAGAAAUGAGCCUUCCUCACCCACCCAGAAAUCAUAUUCCAAGGUUGACGCAUAACACUGGUGAUUUUUCUGGUCAAAGAAUAGAAUUGCAACGCCUCACUGACUUCCAGAAGGAAGCUGCGAAGUGCUUGGCCCUCACGUCACCAUUAGCUCCUCAUAAUAGAAAUAAAUUGCCCUGGGAGGAGUUGAACCAAGGAGACCCAUUCAGUGUCAUCAACAUUUACUUAAAGAACCUCAAUGUUAAAGUGAAUGACAAGAAUUCUCCAUCUCCUCUCUCUUUCCAAUCUGGGGAAUCCUCCAAAGACGCUACAGUCUAUGAGGAUGACUUUGUGUCAUUUCAUAGCAGCGGAGUUAGCCAGCAGUCAAAGAAGAGUUCCAGUCCGCAUAGUAAAGUAGGUGUGGAGAAUAAGUCUCCACCAUCCCGAGGAAGAGUGACUACUCCUUUAGCCUUGCCUGAUUCGGGUUUGGCUCAGGCGGCAGCCUCACUUAAGAAUGAUUCUCGAAAAAAUGGUAAACUCCAGUAUUCACCUAGUGCCCUGCAGCAGUACAUAGCAGCAGAGCUCAAGUACAAGGAGUCCAUAGAUGAAUCAUUGAGACAGGUUGGGGAUUUGGAGAGGCUGAUAGGUCUGCCUGUCAUGGCUCCGGAGGCAAAGCAGCCAAAAUCUCCACCAUCAAGAGGCCAAAGGAAUUCUCCCACUCCCUUUUUGAAUUCUUCUCAAGUUCCUGAUUUUCUCUCUGAACCUCUAAGAAAUGGCUUCAAUAUUGGGGCUAGUAACGGCAGCAGCGUCACAGGUAAUCUCCAGUAUUCUCCUGCCGCCCUACAUCAGCAAAUGACAGCACAGCUCCAAUACCAUGAGUCCAUAGAUGAGUCCUUGAGACAGUUAUGGGAUGUGGAGAGGUUGUUGGGUGUGUCCAUGGCCCAGAAGGAAAGUGCCUCAUUGGCGCAAAUACUUGAGGCCAAGCAGCAGAAACAUGAAAAUGAUCUUUACGAGCAGAAGAUCCAGGCUGAAAGAAAAGCUCUGGAGGCCCAGCUGCAGCGAGAAGAAGACAGGCAGAGAACAGCCAAGGCGCACGAAGAAUUGCUGGAAAAACUAGUUUUAACUCAAAAAGAGACGGCGGAAGCAGCUCGUCACAUCAAAGAGCUGACUGAUUUGGCACGCACUCAGAUUGAAGGCGCUCUAACUGUGUCUGCUGCUGCGCCUGAGUCUUUGGUUCUCAGCAAGCAUCAGCGAGAAAUGCAAAACAAGUCAGAUUCUGAUAGCUUGCAGAGAGAGGAAUCAAGUCGAACACUCAGUCACACUGACUCCAACCUCAUUGUUGCUGUUGCAAGCUGUCCCAGUAACCUCUCCCACAUAUCGAGGGACCAUCAGAAGGAGGUGAAUAAGGAAGAAAAAGAUGACAAGCGGGCUGAGCGAGAAGCAGGAAACAAUUCAAUAGAGGAAGAAUGUCCAACUGCGGAAAAUGACUCCCUCUGCAGUGAAAGCAUCCCCUCUGUGCCUGAUGACAAGGAGUAUUCCUUUAAGUUUGAUUCAUCCAGGACAGAGGAUGAGGUGGAAGAACGCUCCUUCAGCUCUCUGCUGCCAUCUAAAGUGCACCGUAGGAGUUCUUUGGAGAAGAGUGCAAGCCACCUCGAAGAUUCAGAGGAUGAAGUGGCAGAUAGCAGCACAACUGUAGUCUCAGGGGGAAGUCAUGUUACAAAGCAUCAUAAUCCAAAUAUGGCCUUUUCUGGUGGGAAGGACAGCUUCUCCAGGUUCACCAUGGACAUGGUGCGUCAGCACAUGAAAGAUGAGGACCUGCGACUGCAGCAUCAAAAUGCUUUGCUGCAUCUACGCGAGAAAGCUGUCAAGGAAAAGAUCAGAACUGAGCUGGCGUGGCUAGAGCACCAGAAAAAGCAGCUGAGAAACAAGGGAGAGGAUGACAAACUGCCGCCGAUCAGGAAGAAGCAGAAGGGCCUUUUGUUGAGACUUCAUGAGGAGCAGGCUGAGAUCAAGCGUCUUCAAGAAGCGAAUAAAGUAGCAAGAAAAGAAAAACAGCUUUUGUUGAAGCAGCAAGUGGAGAUUGAGCGAAUGAGAACCUCAACACAGAGACUGAAAGAGCGUCUCAAGUCUGCUGGGGGUGAAGCUCCGCCUGAGUCACCAAUGUCAGAAACGCCUGUGUCAGAAGUCGCUUACAUGAGGCCUACAGAUGGUAGCCGCAGCCCUUCGCCAACCCCUUCCAUCUCUGCAAGUGAAACCAGCAGCAUCAUGCAGAAGCUCAAGAAAAUGCGUUCACGCAUGGAUGAAAAACACUGUUCCCCCGUGCACUGCUUCUUCUCUGUGUUCACGGCCCAGCACUGGGCCUCCCUUAGUGUCUGUCUUCCCAAUCUUCACCCUAAAUUCCAGCUCUUUAUCUACAACCAGUUGGACAGGUUCCUGACUAAGCGGGAACAGCAGUUAAUGCAGAGGCGUCAUCACGCUGAGGAGCUGCUGCAGUGGAAAAAGCGACUCGAUGAAGAGGAGGCAGAGGUUCGGAGGAUAGAAAAAGAGGCCCUGGCUGGUUGGGGAGAGGACAGCACGGCAAGAUCAGAAAAUAUCUCCAACUCUAGUCACCGGCGAAAAUCAGAACAGAGAACGAUUUGUGAUAAAGAGUAUGUGACUGAGGAUGAUUAUUCCUCAGCAGCAUCUGAGUGCAGCAUACACACAGAAGAAGCAAGAAGUCCAUCCUCAGCACAACCUGUAUCAGUGGCUGAAUUAACUUUGGCCUCCAAUUUAGGCAGCCUUCCAAAUUACAUUGAUGACUUUGCUUCACUCACAGGCAGCAAGCAGUCCUCUCCAAUCAAAGGCAGCCAAGACCAUGCCUCUCUAUCUGAUAUCCACACUGAAAGCAAAAUGCAGCUUCACUCCCCUCUCCAAACAUCUAGGCAGGCCCCAAAACGGCCUGUGGAAUCACCCGUGGUUUCACAAACUGAACCCAUUUCAGAGCAAAGCGACAUAGAGAACCGUAUCAAGACCCUGAAAGAGAAGCUGAGAAAACGCAAGUUGAUGGCCAGUCAGCUCAAAAGGGAGCAACUGAAGGCACAAGAGGCCAGUUUGCUGAAAAAACUAGAGAGCUAUAACAACUACAUUGGAAAAACCAAGGCAGCAUUGAGCAAAGAACCUGAGCCAAUUCUUCAUAGCAAGUCUCAGAAGAAAGAUUCCACUUUAGAUGUAGAUCAGUCCAGCCUCUUAUCUCCUAUAAGGUCUGAAACCAGUGAAAUACCUACUGCAGGACUUCACAGUGAUGUAUCAGUCCACCAAAACGACAACAAAUAUACCUCAGCAUCUGAAGAGCCUAACGUGGAAGCUGUCCCACCAUCCCCUGGCAGUCUAGAUUUCCUGACCGAUGACAUAUAUCAAUCACCAGACUCUACCUUAAAACCCUCUCCUGAGGAUGCCAAAUUUGGAAUAAUUGAAUCUGAGAAGUUUGAAACUGUGUUGGAAUCACGUUCUGCAGCAGUUGAUGUCAUCACACACUCUACAAAAAAAUCUACAUCAAUUGAUAAUUCCUCUAGGCUGGACUUGGACGUUAUCUCCUCUGCAAAAGAGGCACCAAUAAAGGAUGUACAAGCUUCUCCACAGAUAGAUUACCAAGAUGACUUUGAGUCAUCAGUUCCUUCUUCACCUAAAAAGGAGCAGCAUAUUUCCAAACUUGAUUCAGUUUGCCAUACAGAAAUACAGUUUUCCAGUCAAGAUGAAGAGAUCGAAGAGGAGAUUGCCGAAGAAUUGAGUCACUCUUCUGUUACUAGCGGAGCAAGCCUUGAAUCUGGACGACUACUAGAUCUUCUCCAGAGACCUGAAGACUUGAAAAAUGAUAGUCAUAGCAUUGAUUCCAUCUGUCCAGCGCCCAUGUCUCACAGACACAGCCCUGUCCCUCUGGCUAAAGAUGAAAUGCCAGGUUUUAACAUCGGUGACAGAGUCCUUGUUGGUAAUGUUCAACCUGGGACACUAAGAUUUAAAGGUCCAACCAGCUUUGCUGGAGGCUUUUGGGCAGGGGUGGAGUUAGACAAGUCUGAGGGGAGCAACUGCGGAACCUAUGACGGCGUUACAUACUUUGAGUGUCAAGAACGUCAUGGCAUCUUCGCUCCUCCUGGAAAGAUCACUCAUCUGUCGGACGAGUUUGAAGUCUUCGCAGCAGGACAUGAUGACUCAUACUCGGAUCAGUGUGAGGAUGAACAAAAAGGUGAAGAAGAUAUUACUGAAGAUAAACAAAGUCUUGAGGAAAGUGAAGAAAUAACUCAUAAUGACGUAUCUUUAGAAUUCUCAGAUGUUGCAGCCUACCUAGCACAAAAUCUGAAUGGCCAGGAGCUUCCAAAUGCUGAAACACAUCUUGAAUCCCAAUAUAACGACCAAUCCAAAUCACAGAACGAAAUUCUAGAGAAGGAGAGCGAACCUAGCAGUCAGGAGAAAGUUUCUCUUGACCAGUCUGCACCAACAAAUCAUCAGAUUUCUGAAAUAUCUGAGAAAGCUGGUGUGAUAGAGCAGUACGUGUCACCAUUUUGUCAGGAGACUACUGCACGCAUUGAGAAGGAAGCGAGCCCAGAUAAUCAGUUGACAUAUUCUGAGACUACCCAUGAAGCUGGUGAUCGUAUGAAAAUGCAAAAGUAUCAGAUUUCCCCAGACCUGUUAGCAGACAAACUCCUGAAUAACUAUUUGGUUGACGCUGUUCAGGAUUUCCUUCAGCUUAAAAGGGGUAAAGAACAGAAAAUCGAAGAUUCCAAUCGGAUCAAUUGCAGUAACAAUUUCGUGUCUGAGGAGCAAAGGCUUACUUCAUCACUGGAACUGCACGAUGGGCUAUCUUCCUUUUUACCCGAAGAGGAGCCGUCCUCUCCAGAGUUAUGCAACCGACCGGAAAGUCCAAUUUUGGGGGUCAGCGGGCAGGAAGAACUCGCCAAGCGACUUGCUGAGCUGGAACUGAACCGUGAUCUGCUGGAUGACCUCGGCGACGAUCAGGACUGGUUUGACGAGGACUUUGGCCUCAGCUCACGCCGGGAGCAACAGAGACUCCAACAGAAGCAGAAAGAGGAAGAAACGAGGCUGGGAGUGGGAAAGUCUGGUUCCUCUGCUAAAGAUCCCCUGAGGGAACUCGUCUCGCACCCAGAUGGGGACCAGUCAGCAAAGACGCCCCCGAGACCCGCCCUCCCUCUUCCCCUACCUCCUAAACUGCCAGAACAACCUGCCAUGGUGGUGCCCCACUCGGCCGACGAGGUAGAGAAGAUGGUUCUCACUGCCGUUCAGGAGAUGUGGGAGAGUUGUGGCCUUACAAAGCAAGGAAGAGUUACACUCUCACACAUGGCCUGCCCUACACCUUCCCAAAAGUUUUUGGGUGUUAAGGAGACCACGAAUGACCAGGAAGCCCUCUCCAUCCGCAGCUACAAAAAGGCUGUUUAUGACCUAACAUGGGAGAUCCUCCAAGAAAUCUAUGCUGAAGACCCCAAUGCCAAUCAGCCUGAGUGGGUUAAACCACAGCGAGUCAGGCCCACCUUUUCCCACAGAGUAAAGACACCACGAGACCUCAAUAAAGUGCAGGAAUUUGUCACAGAUGAAGUUCUGAAACUUUAUGGUUUGUCCAAGAACACGAGUAAAAUGUCUGACUGGCAGAAAAUGCUGAAGUUUGGGCGAAAGAAACGAGACAGAGUUGAUCAAAUACUGGUACAGGAGCUCCACGAGGAGGAGGCGCAAUGGGUCUGCUAUGAAGAAGAUGAACUGUCAGUCAAGAUGCAACUGGCAGACAGCAUCUUCGACAUGUUGCUGAAGGACACGGCAAACACGUUGGGUCUCAUCACAAAGAGGGCUGCCAUCAGUUGA